CGCCGCUCGCGACGUCACAGAAAGAGCCACAACAAGGCCUCCCGGGCCGCUUUGCUACUUUCACUAAAAGGAGGGGAGGUGGGGAAAAGAAAGUUUAUCGGGGUUCUAGAACGUUGGAAAGCCUUUGAAGUUCAAAGGGGCGCCGCCGCCGCCGCUGGAAAGGAAGCCGCUGCAAGGCUGCGGGCGCCCGGCUUCCUCUCUGCCCCCAUGGACGAAGCAGAGGAGCAGCCGCAGCCGGACAGCCUGGACGGCUGGGUGGCCAUCAAGGAGGACGCCUUCGGGCAGCCCGAGCCGCCGCAGAAGCUGCGCUUCCUGGUGGCCUGGAACGGCAUCGAGAGCAAGUUCGCGGUGACCUGCCACAACCGGACCUUGCAGGAGCAGGCGGCCGAGGCCGGAGGGGGCGGCGUUGGCGGCCCGCAGCAGAUGAGCUGGGCCGGCCUCUUCUCCCCGCAGGCCCUGCAGGGCGUCCACCGUCAGCUGUCGGCCUUGGCCCCGCAGCUGGAGCCCUGCCUGCCCGCGCUGCCCGCGGCGCUGUCCGGCCAGAGCGGCCUGUGGGCGCUGCUCUUCCCCGGCUGCCCGGUGCUGGCCGAGGCCGAGCUGGAGGCGCUGUGCCGCCGCCUGGAGAGGUACCUGGGCUGGGCCUUGGAGGCGUGCGGCCGCAAGGCGCUGCUCGACUCGCUCUUCGCCCACGACCAGGACGAGGAGGACGAGUACUUCGAGAACUUGCAGGAGUUCCGCAGGAAAGCGCUCAAGGGGCGGCUCAGCGGCGCCAAGGAGGCCUUGCGGAGGGUACGGGGCGCCGUCGGGGGGCGUGGUGGUGGUGGGGGCGCCGGGGGGGGGGGAGGAAGGGUGCCGAGAGGGCGCUGGCAGGUAAACCCCUGGAGGGACGGGGAAGGAGUGGGCUCAGAUUCCCUAAGGAGAGGCAGUGCGGUGCAGUGGUUAGCGCGUCGGACGAGGACCUGGUGGAAACACAGUGGUACCUCGGGUUGCAGACGCUUCAGGUUACAGACUCUGCUAACCCAGAAAUAGUACCUCGGGUUAAGAACUUUGCUUCAGGAUGAGAACAGAAAUCGCACGGCAGCACGAGGCCCCAUUAGCGAAAGUGGUAAGGACCCCCUGACCAUUAGGUCCAGUCGUGGCCGACUCUGGGGUUGCGGCGCUCAUCUUGCUUUAUUGGCCGAGGGAGCGGGCGUACAGCUUCCGGGUCAUGUGGCCAGCGAACCAGAGCAGUGCAUGGAAAGGCCAUUUGCCUUCCUGCCAGAAUGGUACCUAUUUAUCUACUUGCACUUUGAGGUGGUUUCGAACUGCUAGGUUGGCAGGAGCUGGGACUGAACAACGGGAGCUCACCCUGUCACAGGGAUUUGAACCGCCGACCUUCUGAUCGGCAAGCCCUAAGCUCAGUGGUUUAACCCACAGCGCCACCUGCGUCCCUUGCAGCUAAAGUGGUACCUCAGGUUAAGAACAGUUUCAGGUUAAGAAAGGACCUCCGGAGCGAAUUAAGUACUUAACCCGAGGUACCACUGUAUUAAAAUACCGUAAUACAGCUUCCCUGAACAGGGCUGCCUUCAGAUGUCUUCUAAAAGUCUGGUAGUUGUUGUUCUCUUUGACAUCUGGUGGGAGGGCAUUCCACAGGGAGGGCGCCACUACCGAGAAGGCCCUCUGCCUGGUUCCCUGUAACUUGGCUUCUCGCAGGGAGGGAACCACCAGAAGGCCCUCGGAGCUGGACCUCGAUGUCCGGGCAGAACGAUGGGGGUGGAGAUGCUUCUUCAGGUAUACUGGGCCGAGGCCAUUUAGGGCUUUAAAGGUCAGCACCAACACUUUGAAUUGUGCUCGGAAACGUACUGGGAGCCAGUGCAGGUCUUUCAAGACCGGUGUUAUAUGGUCUUGGCGGCUGCUCCCAGUCACCAGUCUAGCGAAUUAAGUUCUUAACCCGAGGUACCACUGUACCCCACUUGGCUACGAGGCUGCUUCGGAGGGGGGACCUUUCUCCAAGCCACCUGCCUCGGGGCCUCACCUACCUUGCAGGGCUGUUGUGGCAGGGGAGAUCAAAUCAUCUGUAUACGCCCCCUUGAGUUUCUUGCAGAAAAAGGUGUGGAUAUAAAUGCAAGAAAUAAGCAAAUAAUCCAGGCUUUUGUAAGUUUCGGGUUCCCCACAUGUUGUUGGACCACUGCUCCCGUCAGCUCCACACAGCAUUUUGGCCCAGUGGGUGGGAACUGUAGUUGCAACAACGCCUGGGAACGUUAGUUCGGGCAAGGCUGCUCUGAUAUGUGUGCGUCUUCAUUUCUUACAUUUGUAGACCACUUACCAGCUGCACAAAGUCCAUUGUUCGAAAAAUAAGACUUUAGAGUCACCUUGCCCCCAAAUGGCAACUAGACAUUCCAUACAUUGGCGACUGCAACCGUGGUUUAAGGAGCCGUUUGGCGCUGAGCUUUGAUAUCUGAGUUUCUAACACUGAUACUUGCCUGGAACCCUGGAGAGUCGCUACCAGUCAGUGUAGACACUAUUGAGGUUAAUGGGCUGAUUUGGCAUAAGGAAGAGUGCCCUGAAUUUUUGAGCUCUAUGCAGUGGACACACAGCAGUGAGCUGGAGCCAUUUAAUUCCACCCCAGUUUUCAAAGCCCCAUGGGAACCCGAGGCCAAGGAGCCGCAAAUUUUGUGAAGGUUGACACUCAGCCAAAUAAAGCCUUCCUUGUGUUGUCAUGUAAGGUGCUGCGUGCAACUCUCCAAAAUCCAAACCACCCCCCGGCCCACCAGCUGUGUGUUGGAUGGAGAUGCUGUUUGGAUGACAAAUCAGCUGUCGAAAUCCUCACAAGUCUUCUGCAUAUUUAGGCUUAAGUGUAAGGGAGAGGCCUGUGUUUAUAGGAGCAGGCAGUGUUGAACCGGAUAGGGUAUCUGAUUGCAGUCAUUAAACGAACUGGAAAUUCCCCUUGACCUGCAAAAAAUGCCUUCUCAGAAAUCUGAGCGAGUUUCUCUUUUAUAACAGCUGUCCCGGGUUUCCAGAUCACUAUAAAGCAGAGGAUCCCUGGUUUUAAAGCGUAUUUAUCUUUUUUUAUCCCACCCAUCCUCUAAGCAUAGGGGGGUGAUGUACCCAGUACUUUCUAUGCUCUGCACAGUUGGGAGGCAGCGAUUCUUCUGAAUGUCAGUUGCUGAAAUCCCCCAGGACAAGAGAGUGCUCCUGUGCUCAGGCGCAGCUUGAGGGUUUCCCACACGCAUUUGGAUGGUCGCUGUGAGAACAGGAUGCGGCCCUAGAUGGGUCAUUGGCUAGAUCCAGGAGGCUGUGCUGAUAAUAAUAAUAAUAAUAAUAAUAAUAAUAAUAAUAAUAAUAAUAAAUUUUAUUUAUAUCCCACCCUCCCCAGCCGAAGCCGGGCUCAGAGCAGCUAACAACAAUAAAAUAAUACAACAUUCUAAAAUCAUUUCAUUAAAAUUAAUUUAACUCAAAUUGAUGGCAACCAUUGGGCUAGAGUUCUGUGAGGAUUGCCAAAGGAGGGAGUUCAGGCUGUGCCCUGGCCAAAGGCCUGGUGGAACAGCUCUGUCUUGCAGGCCCUGCGGAAAGAUGUCAAGUCCCGCAGGGCCCUAGUCUCUUGUGACAGAGCGUUCCACCAGAUCGGAGCCACGGCCGAAAAAGCCCUGGCUGUGGUUGAGGCCAGCCUAACCUCUCUGUGGCCUGGGACCUUCAGGAUGUUUUUGUUUGAAGACUGUAAGGUCCUCCGUGGGACAUACCAGGAGAGGCGGUCCUGUAGGUACGAGGGUCCUAGGCCGUAUAGGGCUUUAAAGGUUAAAACCAGCACCUUAAACCUGAUCCUGUACCCCACCGGGAGCCAGUGCAGCUGGUAUAGCACCGGGUGAAUGUGAUCUCGCAGCGAGGACCCUGUAAGGAGUCUCGCUGCGGCAUUCUGCACCCGCUGGAGUUUCUGGGUCAGUCUCAAGGGCAGCCCCACGUAGAGCGAGUUACAAUAAUCAAGUCUGGAGGUGACCGUCGCGUGGAUCACAGUGGCUAGGUCAGGGCGAGAGAGGUAAGGAGCCAACUGCUUAGCUUGGCGGAGAUGAAAAAAUGCCGCCUUUGUUGUAGCUGCAAUCUGCGCCUCCAAUCUCCUUGCCCCUCCCCUUUUUGAAAAUAUAUACAGUCAUACCUUGGAAGUCGAACGGAAUCCGUUCCGGAAGUCCGUUCGACUUCCAAAAUGCUCAGAAACCAAAGCGUAGCUUCUGACUGGCUCCUGCAGCCAAUCGGAAGCCCCAUUGGACGUUUGGGUUCCAAAGAACGUUUGCAAACCGGAACACUCACUUUCAGGUUUGCGGCGUUAAGGAGCCAAAACGUCCGAGUACUGAGGCGUUCAGGAUCCAAGAUACGACUGUACUGUUCCACUAGGAGGCGUUCAAAGUAUUUUCUAUUUUUUUUUAAAGGAAAACAAUCUACAUUAAAACAGUUUAUCCUCCUAACAAACUUGUGAGGUAGCUUAGUGAGUGAAGCUGGGGAUCACUGCAGAAGAUCUUGCAUCUAAACAAUGGCAGUAACAAGGCCGAAACAAAAUAAAUAAAAUAAAAUAAAAUAAUGCCUUCCAGUAGCACCUUAGAGACCAACUAAGUUAGUUAUUGGUAUGAGCUUUUGUGUGCAUGCAUCCAUCCAUCCAGCAUCUUAAUUUUCUGCCUUCUGUAAGGCCUAAAUCAGCCACCCUCUCAAUCUGUUGCCGACUAGGCCUCAUUUCCACCAUGAUCAGGGCUGAUGUACACAUUCAGCCAAAUCCUGUGACCUGGUUUCUGAGACUUCCGAGUUGCAAGGGGAGGGCUGUAUACUGCAGGCCCUUUGGCCCUCUGGAAAUUACUGAACAGCAACGCCCAUCAUCCCUGGCCAUUGGCCUUGCUUGCUGGGGCUGCUGGGAGUUGUAGUUCAGCGGCCAAAGGCUCCCCUCACCUGCCAUGUUGCCUCAGGAUCUUCCUGCCUGUGGAAAGCUAGCAUGUCAGGAACACCCUUGUAAGCGCGCCUUCUCUCAGAGGUGCCAGUUUGCUAUGUGCGGAGAUAGUAAUUUUUAAAAUUAACUUGGAGGAACAUUUGGACAUACCCCCGGCUUCGCUGUACAGUGGUACCUCGGGUUAAGUACUUCAUUCGUUCCGGAGGUCUGUACUUAACCUGAAACUGUUCUUAACCUGAAGCACCACUUUAGCUAAUGGGGCCUCCUGCUGCCGCUUCGCCGCCGGAGCCCGAUUUCUGUUCUUAUCCUGAAGCAAAGUUCUUAACCUGAAGCACUAUUUCUGGGUUAGCGGAGUCUGUAACCUGAAGCGUGUGUAACCCGAGGUACCACAGUACAAUGGCACCGUCCUCUAGGAACAUGGGACUCUGUGAUUUGUGUGUUUGGCUGGCGCAGCUCUUGGGAGAGAGUGUGCCAUUUGUCGGCAGCAAUUCACAAUUACUCAAAACAGAGAAGUGUCGUCAGAUGCUAAGGGGGAAAGGCAAAUUCUCCGGCUCUUGACUUGCCUCUGUGGGUGUGGGAAAUGGCUCACAUUGGUCUCAGCUGAGAUGAGCUCUUAGAUUCUGGAACACUUUAUGUGUGUUUUCCAUGAGGUUCAAUCUACCACCCUGCUGUGCAGCCUUUAUUCCCGUGAGUGGCUCCCUGUUUGUAAGAAAAUUAAACUUAUUUCAUUGAUGACAUAGUCAGCAUUAUAUAUCUGUUAGGACCACCAAAUGUAAUGAUUUGGCUGCUGCUGUGUUCCAUUCUACUGUGAUAUAAAGCAAUUAGCACCCUGAGGUGUAGCUCAUAGAAUUGUAGAGGUGGAAGGGACUUCUGUGGGGUCAUCUAGUCCAGCCCCCCACAAUGCAGGGAUCUCCCCCAUCCAAUUUGAAUCCAUACUGGGCGCUGCUUAGCUUUGCUAAUGUGCUAGCAGUUUUAUUGCUGCGCCACUACCAGUAGGAACUCUUCCCCCCUACUUAACUUGAAUUGCUUAAGCAUUUUCCAUUGCUCUGCAACCUUGACUUUCCUCCUAUACAGUCGUACCUUGGAAGUCGAAUGGAAUCCGUCCCGGAAGUCCGUUUGACUUCCAAAACGUUCGGAAACCAAAGCGCGGCUUCCGAUUGGCUGCAGGAAGGUCCUGCAGCCAAUCGGAAGCCCCGUCGGACGUUCGGCUUCCAAAAAUAGUUCGAAAACUGGAAUGCUCACUUCCGGGUUUUGAUCGUUCAGGAGCCAAGGCGUUUGAGAUCCAAAGUACAACUGUAUUGGUACAGUGGACGCUCAGGUUGCGAACGUGAUCCAUGGGGGAGGCACGCUUGCAACCCGCAGCGCCGCGUCUGCGCAUGCGCUGGUUGCGAUUCGGCGCUCAUGCGCAAAGUGUGAUUUAGUGCUUCUGUGCAUGCGCAAUCGCUGAAACCCAGAAGUAACCCGUUCUGGUACUUCCGGGUUUCAGCGCAUCCGUAACCCAAAGACACGCAGCCUGAAGCGUCUGUAAGCCGAUGUAUGACUGUAGUUGCAAAUCAUACGGAUAAAGGUAAAGGUAAAGGGAUCCCUGACCAUUAGGUCCAGUCGUGGCCGACUCUGGGGUUGCGGCGCUCAUCUCGCUUUAUUGGCUGAGGGAGCCAGCGUACAGCUUCCGGGUCAUGUGGCCAGCAUGACUAAGCUGCUUCUGGCGAACCAGAGCAGCGCACGGAAACACCGGAGCGGUACCUAUUUAUCUACUUGCCCUUUGACGUGCUUUCGAACUGCUAGGUUGGCAGGAGCAGGGACUGAGCAACAGGAGCUCACCCCGUUGUGGGGAUUCGAACCGCCGACCUUCCAAUCAGCAAGUCCAAGGCUCUGUGGUUUAACCCACAGCGCCACCCGCAUCCCUAAUCAUAUGGAUACAAACUGUCAAUUAAAAACUUGCUAGAUCAAGACCAAGGUUUGCCCAGUCCAGCGCUUGAUUUCUUAGAUUGAUUGGGGAGGGGUCUUAAAAGAAGGAGGACUCCCCUGAAAACUCCCUAGGGUGGACUGAGCAUGCUUAGGGGGUGCAGAACCCUCACUGGCUGUUGUGAGGUGCGGGGGAGAAAGUCGGAAGAGGAAAUGGAGUGACAGAAUUCGAACCUUUGUUGCGGGUUCGAUUUUGCCUAAUCCUAGCUGUAGAACCAGUGGGGGGGAUCCUUGGCCCCCCAGAUGUUUCUGAACUACAACUCCCUUAUUUUCUGAUUGCUAAGGCAAGAGGGAGUUGUAGUUCAGCAACAUUCCUCACUCCUGUUUAGAGCCAUUUAAGUUAGCGGCUGUGACUAUGUCUUGUGGCGGGCAGUUCCGCAGGUUCUGGAGGUGCCCUGAUAGCUGCAGCAUUGUUAUUAUUUAUUAAAUUUGUAUAGGGCCGUAUACCUGCUGCUCUCAGAGCAGUCCACAGGAUAAAAUCACAAUAUAUAAACACAACAGGUGCAUUUGUCUUGCGAGGUUUGUGCGGCGCCUCCGUAGGACCCACAUCUACGUAAAUUUGCGGCGCUCUUAAACGGCUUCUGUCCACCCACCACCACCCUGGAUGUCUCAAUUUUUUGCAAAGGGUACGAUUCCAUUGCUAAUUUUGGAGUCUUCUUGCCCCCGUAGGUUCUCUACCAGCACAAAGAUGCUGACAAGCUGGUCGCUUUGAUGGAGCUCUACAAGGAGGAAGAUGAUGCUUAUUGGGAGCUGGUUACCGUGGCGACCGAAUUCUAUCAAUAUUUGCUGCAGCCGUUUAGGGAUAUGCGUGAGCUGGCAACUUUAUACAGACUGGAGAUCCUGGUAGGUUUCUCUUCCCGGUGUUUCGAAGUCUCUAUAAAAUAAGAUCCUGUGAGAUGAAUGGCUUUCUCCCCGUGGAGUCAGAAAGAUGGGAUCUGUUGGCACCAGACUGCUGUUUUGUGUUGUAGGUGUCGUUGACACAACCAUAGCACAUUGUGAUGGAUUUAUUUUGAAACAUCCAGGCAUAGUUUUGCUUUAUUUGUUGUUCCGCAGGGCUCUUCCCUAAUGUUACUGCAUUAUUGCAGUAGGCGCUCUUGUGUUGCAGUGCAACCAAAGCAGGACAAAAACCAGGCAAACUUAGAAUAAUACAGGUGGAAGGGACCCUGAGAAUCAUCUAGUCCAGCCCCCUGCAAGGCAGGAAUAUGCAGCUGUCACUAAUAAUAAUAAUAAUAAUAAUAAUAAUAAUAAUAAUAAAUUUUAUUUAUACCCCGCCCUCCCCAGCCAAGACUGGGCUCUGGGCGGCUUACACAAGGUAUAAAAACAAUUGAUUAAAAUACAACUUAAAAACAAGAUUAAAAUACAGCAUUAAAAUGCAGCCUCAUUUCAGUAGAAACUCAAAUCAAAAACUUUUGGGGAUGAAAAUCUUCACCAAGGCCAACUAUCCAGACUGGUCCUAUGUGGGCCAGAAAAAAGCCAGGGAAGUCCCCAAAUAGGAGUUCCAUCACAGAAGGAAAGAGGGGGAGGGGAUCAAGCUGAUUCCAAGCCAAAGGCUAGGCAGAAUAACUCUGUCUUACAGGCCUUGCAGAAAGAAAUCAGAUCCUGCAGGGCCCUGGUCUCAUGAGACAGAGCUUUGCACCAGGCCGGAGCCAGUGUUGAAAAGGCCCUGGCUCUGGUUGAGGUUAAUCUAACUUCCUUAGGGCCCGGGACCUCUAGGGUGUUGCUAUUAUGGGGAUCACACCUGCAACCUUGGUCUUAUCAGCAUCUAACCCAAUCUUUCCCAACCUUUUCCCACCCAAGGGGGGAAAGGGGGCAGCUGCCCCCCUCAAGAAGUAAAAAUCAAUUCAAAUUAAUACAGAUUUGAGGUUCUGCUCCCUCUAACAAAAGCCGUCCUACCAGUAGAAAGGUAGCUAUUUAAAUUUUUUAUUUGUAAAUAGAACAUAUUUUUUAUCAUUUUUAUAAUUUAUACUCUUACCUAGAUUUCAAAGAGAAAUUAUAGAUUAUACUGUAAUACCAAAAUAUUGGAAGAAACGUAUAAUGCUAGAAUGGGAAACUAAAGAUGAAGAGGUCAGAUGUGUAAUGAUCAAAUGGGCACAGGACUUAGGACAUAAUAUACAAAUGGAAGACUGGGAAAAACUAUGGAAAGUGGAUUUAAAAUUUACUGAUUGCAUAAUUCUGAAAGAGAAUUAUAUGAAAAUGAUGUAUUGAUGGUGCAUGACUCCUGUUAAACUUGCAAAAAUGUAUAGAAUAAGUGCUGGAAGUGUAAAGAGAAAGAAGGUACGUUUUAUCAUAUGUAGUGGAAUUGUAAUAAAAAACUAUUGGGAAAUGAUAUAUAAUUAACUGAAGAAGAUGUUUAAAUUUUUUUUAAUUAAAAAACCAGAAGCUUUUUUGUUAGGCAUUAUAGGACAGGAGGGACUUAGGUGGCGCUGUGGGUUAAACCACAAAGCCUAGGACUUGUCGAUCAGAAGGUCGUCGGUUCGAAUCCCCGCGACGGGGAUAAAUAGGUACAGCUCCGGCGGGAAGGUAAACGGCGUUUCCGUGAGCUGCUCUGGUUUGCCAGAAGCGGCUUAGUCAUGCUGGCCACAUGACCUGGAAGCUGUACACCGGCUUCCUCAGCCAAUAAAGCAAGAUGAGCGCCGCAACCCCAGAGUUGGUCACGACUGGACCUAAUGGUCAGGGGUCCCUUUACCUUACCUUUAUAGGACAGGAAUUGCCAAAAGAGUGGAAGAAGUUAUUCACGUAUGCUACAACGGCGGCUAGGAUUCUACUAGCUCAAAAAUGGAACUCUGAUACAGACAGAACACCUUUGGCCUCUUGUGAAUGCCCGUUUUGACUCUAAAAAUAUACUCCUUUUAUUUUUGCAGAAAUCCUUGCAAGCUGACAGGCUGGGUCCUAAAAGGAUUGAGGCCCUGAAGAAGGAGGCGGAGGAGUGGACAGAUCAGGCUGAAGAAGCUGUCUGCUCCAUCCAAGACAUCACGGUUGGUUACUUCAAGGAAACAGUGAUGGCCCUAGCAGGUGAGCAGAGAGGCAGGCAGAGGCAACCUUCCCUUUCUUUUAAAAUUAUUCUCCAUUUUUGCGUUUUACAAUGUUUCAGCAAUAAAAAUUACAGUGGUACCUCAGGUUACAUACGCUUCAGGUUACAGACUACGCUAACCCAGAAAUAGUGCUUCAGGUUAAGAACUUUGCUUCAGGAUAAGAACAGAAAUUGUGCUCCGGUGGCGCGGCGGCAGCAGGAGGCCCCAUUAGCUAAAGUGGUUAAGAACAGUUUCAGGUUAAGAACGGACCUCCGGAACGAAUUAAGUACCGUAUUUUUCGCCCUAUAGGACGUACUUUUCCCCCUCCAAAAAUGAAGGGGAAAAUUGUGUGCGUCCUAUGGAGCAAAUGCACCAACCCCUCUCGCUCUCCAGGUUUCAGGCAGCUCUCCGCAAGCCUUCUGAGCCCAGCGGGAGUUCCCGCCGCACUCUGAAUGCUUGCGGAUAGCCUGUUUUGGGGGCUGGGGGCGGGGGAAGCUCGGGCUUUCCCCAUCCCCAGCCCCGCAAGCUCCAGGAGCGACGGCGAGGUUGCGAGCAAUCUCACCGCCUCUCCUGGACCUGUUUUGGGGGCUGGGGGCGGGGGAAGCUCGGGGUUCCCCCGCCUCAGCCCCGCAGCUAAAAACGAAGCCGCGUGCAACCUCUCCCGGCUGGAGAGGUUGCGCGUGGCUAAAGAGGAAGCCAAGACAGCCAGCGGGAUGGAUCCCGCUCGCUGUCUUGGCUUCUUUGCUCUUUGGGGCUGGGGGGGAAAUAUAUUUUUUUUCUCUAUUUCCCCCCCUAAAAACUAGGUGCGCCCUAUGGUCCUGUGCGCCCUAUGGAGCGAAAAAUACGGUACUUAACCUGAGGUACCACUGUAAGUUUAAACCAGUAGCGUCUCUAAAAUCCUGCUCUCCCCCUCCCCCCAGUGACACAUAAUUCCUAUUAUUCAAAAGGUGAAUUCCUAUUCACAUGGAAGAAGCCUAUAAGGCCAUUCACUGUUAAUAAAAUCCUCCUCAAAUUGCCCCCCUUAGAAAUCAAAUUGUCCCCUGUGGGGAUCACGGCUCUAAACAAAUUCCACCUGUAUUUUCUGCUACUUCCCUCCCUCUGCGGUUUCUUAUAUUAUUCCGUAUUCUUGCUGCAUAACCAAUUCAAACCUAUUUACAAAUCUACCCUUUUUACUUCCUCUAAGUUAUUUCUCACCACUCGUGUUUAUGUCAACCCUGCUAAUGUUUUUAAUUGUUUACAAUUUGUCUUUACAUAUACAACAAAUGUUCCCUUGUAUUUACGGGCCUCUCCUGGUAUGCCCCACAGAGGACCUUAAGGUCCAUGAAUAAUCAUAGUUUAGAGGUUCUAGGCCCUAAGGAAGUCAGAUUAUCCUCUACCAGGUCCAGGGCCUUCUCAGUGAUGGCUCCGACCUGGUGGAAUGCUCUGUCCCAUGAGACCAGGGCCCUGCAGGAUUUAACUUCCUUCCGCAGGGCCUGUAAGACAGAGCUAUUCUGCCUGGCUUUCAGUUUGAAUUUAGCCUGAUCUUUUAUUCCCCUUCCUUCCCUCCCCUUCCCCUUUUUAUGAAGAUUACCUACUCUGGGAUCCCACAGCUAAUUCUCCCCUGGUCUCCUUGCUGGCCCAAUAGGACUAACUUAGCCAGCUAGCCCUGGUGAUCAUCUAAUGUUUAUUGGAUGGAUUUCCCCCCUAAAUUGAUUUUUGAAUUCUAAAUUUAUUUUAUUCACGUUUUAUACUGUAUUUUAUGCUGUUUUUUGUUGCAUCAAUUAAGUGUUUUAAAUUUGUUGCUAGUCGCCCUGAGCCCGGUUUUCUGAACCGGGAAGGGCGGGUAUAAAUAAAAUGUUAUUAUUAUUAUUGUGUUUAAAAAACCCUCUCUCAUCUUGAUAUUCUUCCAGUAACUUUCGCCCCAUCUCUGCGUAGUCCAUCAAUUUUAGUUGCCGCGCCUCUUUUGUUGGAGCUGCUUCUUCUUUCCAUCUUUGGGUGUAUCUCAUUUGGGCAGCCGUGGUAGUGUACAUAAAUAGUUUUUUCCCUGAUCUUUGGGUACCUCUUAUCACAUUCUACCUAAAAGAAAAGCUUCUGGCCUUUUAACAAAGGUUAUUUUCGAUAUUUUUUUCCAACUCAUUAUAAAGCAUUUCCCAGAAAGCUUUUACUAUCUUGCACAACCACCACAUAUGAUAAAAGAUACUUUCUUUCUUAGGCAUGAGUGAGGCGCAGUCUUCCAACGAGUUCCCCCGGGCAGGCCAUCUUGAGUUUCCCAGUAGAUUGAGGCCCAUCUUAAUUAGAGAGGGAGGGUCUGUGCUGAGUGGGAGAUUCCAUCAAAAUAUCUUGGGCCAUCCCUGGAGGUGACCUUCAGGGCCUUCUCGGAGGCUGCUCCCAGACUCUGGAACUCCCCUCCCGGACAAACUAGACUGGCUCCCUCUUGGUUGUCCUUGAAGACCUCCUUGUUCCAACAGACUUUAGGGAAUUGACGGCUUUGUGCCAUGCUAUUUAUAUUGUACCGUAUUUUUUGCUGUAUAAGAUGCACUUUUUCCACUUCAAAAAUUAAGGGGAAAUGUGUGUGCGUCUUAUGGAGCGAAUGUAGGCUACUUUGCUUCAGUGAUAGCAACGCGCAGCCUCCGAAGCGCAGAGGGAGAGCUCCUCCACGCUCCUUGGCUUCGCGUCGCGUUCACAACUCAGUGGAUUGAGUGAGAUCCGAACCCAGAACCCCCUUGGCUGUAUGAGGUCAUAGAUAAAAGUUUCACUUGGCUUUAAUAUGUUCCUACAUCUUUGUGUGGGGGACAGAGAAAAGGCUCGAGGCUGUUCUUAGCCUGCAUAAACAUCUAAAGCACACAACACCCUAAGAAUCCUGGGAAUUGUAGCCUGUUAAGGGUGCAAGGAACUGUAGCUCUCUGUGAGAGGUAAAUUGCAGUUCCCAGGAUUCUUUGGGGGGAAGCAGCACACUUUAAAUGUAUGCUGAAAGCACGGACUUUUAUUUUGUUUGGUUUUUUGUUUGUUUUUUUUCAGAUGAUCUUUAUUGAAUUUUUAGUUACAUACUGUACAUACACAUACAUUAUAUUUCACAUUUGUUCUUGCUCUCCCGAGCUGACUUCCCUCCUUCCUUCUUCUGGCUUUUUUGUGUCCUCCUUGACUUUUCACAUUGUCUUUGACCAUUUUCCACAAGAUUGUUCUUCUUCAUUUUUUCCAUUAAAUGUCCGUAAACAAAUAAUUUUUUCUAUAUAUACAAAUUCUUGCUGUCUGUCUAUAUUCAUUUACAAAUAUUGUUCAGUAAUAAUCCUAAUAUACAUUUUUAAUUCAUUUUGAUGUUAUUAUCCAGUAAAUUUCUUGUAUUUUCCCGUUAUGAGAUAUUAUUUUAAUUCUACUGGUUUUCCUAUUUCACAUCAUCUUCUAUAACAUAAAUUUCCCCCCUUCUUUUUGAUUAUGUUUCAUCCCCCUGAUGUCAAAUUUUUGCUGUUAAUUUUUGAUGUUAAUAUUUCUCCGUACUCCAUAACCUUGUACUGCCAUUCUUCUAUUGUAGGCGAUUUUUGCUGUUUCCAUACCUGAGCCAGCAAUAACCUUGCUGCCGUUGUUGUGUAUAAGAACAGUUUCUGGUCAUUCUUGUCAAUGUCUUCUCCCACCCUUCCCGAUAGGAAUGGCUCUGGUUUUUUCAAAAACAUAUACUUAAAAAUCUUCUUUAAUUCGUUAUAUAUAUUUUCCCAAUACGUUUUCACUAUGUCACAAAUCCACCACAUGUGGAAGAAACUGCCUUCUUUCACCCCACACUUCCAAGAAUUUUUAUUUCCUGUUUUAUACAUCUUUGACAAUUUAAUUGGCGUGACCCUCCUCUUGACAGCCAUGCAGAAGCAAAUGGAGCAAGACCGGAAGCGCUUUGGCCAAGCUGCCUGGGCCACGGCUUCUCCCAGGUUAGAAAACUUGAAGUACCUGUUGGCGAAGGAGACUCUGCAACACAUGAGGGCCAAAGAGCUGUGCCUGAACCACAAGAGAGCGGACAUCCGGAAGCAGGUAAGGGCAUCACCCCACAUUCUCCUCUCGUCUCGCUAGAGGAGCCUUCCAGUUGUGGGAGUCAUGAGAUGGAGGGUGAACAUUGCAGCUAGGAAACAGCCUUAAAGGUAAAGGUAAAGGGACCCCUGACCAUUAGGUCCAGUCGUGGCCGACUCUGGGGUUGCGGCGCUCAUCUCACUUUAUUGGCCGAGGGAGCCGGCGUACAGCUUCCGGGUCAUGUGGCCAGCAUGACUAAGCCGCUUCUGGCGAACCAGAGCAGCGCACAGAAACGCCAUUUACCUUCCCGCCAGAGUGGUACCUAUUUAUCUACUUGCACUUUGACAUGCUUUCGAACUGCUAGGUUGGCAGGAGCUGGGACCGAGCAAUGGGAGCUCACCCCGUGGCGGGGAUUCGAACCGCCGACCUUCUGAUCGGCAAGUCCUAGGCUCUGUGGUUUAACCCACAGUGCCACCCGCAUCCCUAGGAAACAGCCUUAAGGCAUCCCUUAAAUGCGUUCCUGCAAUUGCAAUCUGACGAGGCUAAACAAACCUCAUACAGCCUCGGCCCAAUAAUAAUAAUAAUAAUAAUAAUAAUAAUAAUAAUAAUAAUUUAUUAUUUAUACACUGCCCAUCUGGCUGGGUUUCCCCAGCCACUGUGGGCGGCUUCCAACAGUAUAUUUAAAUACAAUGAUUCAUCAAAUAGUAAAAGCUUCCCUAAACGGGGCUGCCUUCAGAUGUCUUCUAAAAGUCAGAUAGUUCUUUAUUUCCUUCACAUCUGAAGGGAGGGCGUUCCACAGGGCAGGCGCCACUACCAAGAAGGCCCUCUACCUGGUUCCCUGUCACUGAAGGAGCACCUCCACCCCCAUCGUCCAGCCCAGACACUGAGGUCCAGCUCCGAGGGCCUUCUGGCAGUUCCCUCCCUGCGAGAAGUAAGGUUACAGGGAACCAGGCAGAGGGCCUUCUCGGUAGUGGCGCAUGCCCUGUGGAACGCCCUCCCUUCAGAUGUGAAGGAAAUAAACAACUAUCUGACUUUUAGAAGGCAUCUGAAGGCAGUCCUGUUUAGGGAAGCUUUUAAUGUUUGAUGUUUUAUCGUGUUUUUAAUAUUCUGUUGGGAGCUGCCCAGAGUGGCUGAGGAAACCCAGCCAGGUGGGCAGGGUAUAAAUAAUAAUUUAUUAUUGUUAUUACUAGCCUAUGGCAGGCAUAGGCAAAUUCGGCAUCCCAAUGUUUUGGGACUACAGCUCCCAUCAUCCCUGACCACUGGUCCUGUUAGCUAGGGAUGAUGGGAGUUGUAGUCCCAAAACAUUGGGAAUGUCGAGUUUGCCUAGGCCUAACCUAUGGCAAGUGGCCUUAGCUGAGAAGCUAACAGACAGCUUAAAGGAAGCAGUGGGCAAAAAGGAUGGUUUCGUUACAGGUUUGCAUUGUUUCAUCAUGUACGACAGCAGAUCGGGUCACCUGUUCCAGCCACCAUUGACAAGCAGAGAUUUGUGGAGGGAAAGAGAGUGAAUAUGUACAGGUUAUUCGUAUAUUUCAUUGUUUACAGGUGCCCUGGAAAUGUGUGUUUUAUUUUUACUUGCGUGUUCUACAACACACACACACACACGCAUACAGUGAUACCUCGGGUUACAGACGCUUCAGGUUACAGACGUUUCAGGUUACAGACUCCGCUAACCCAGAAAUAUUACCUCAGGUUAAGAACUUUGCUUCAGGAUGAGAACAGAAAUCGUGCGGUGGCAGCAGGAGGCCCCAUUAGCUAAAGUGGUACCUCAGGUUAAGAACGGACUUCCGGAACGAAUAAAGUUCUGAACCCGAGGUACCACUGUGUGUGUGUGUGUGUGUGUGUGUGUGUGUGUGUACACACACACGGAAAAUGCCCCUCUGAUGGGAGGGAAGCACGAUGAGGGGAAACGGCCGAGUGACGUCGUUUUGCUUCUAAUAGUUUGUGGGCUUAAUGACACUUCCUGCAGAUGGAGACCCUCCAGGAGCAAGAAAAUGACAUGGCCCGAGUCGAGGAGCUGGAAAUAGAAUAUUAUGAAACACAGCUGGAGCUGUACGAGGUGCAGUUCGAGAUCCUGAAGAAUGAAGAAAUGCUGCUUAUUACACAGUUGGAGUCUUUAAGGAGGCGGAUGAAAGGUAAGCAAGCAAAAUGAGCCACACCUGCCAGGGACUGGGCAGCUGUUUCUCUGCUCUCAUGCAGUAGCCGGGGCAGCAGUUUGGAGCCUCCAGUCAGAGAGCAGCAACAGGGGAAAGGAUAUUGUGUUUUGUGUCCUGCUUGGAGGCUUCCCAGAAGGAUCUGGUUGGGUAGUGUGGGGAGCAGAAUGAUGGACCAUUGGCUGACACCUCUGACACUCGUCAGUUUUCCCACUCUACACACCGGCUUCCAAAGUUGUCAGCCAUAAUAAUAAUAAUAAUAAUAAUAAUAAAUUUUAUUUAUAACCCGCCCUCUCCAGCCGAAGCCGGGCUCAGGGCGGCUAACAACAAUAAAAUAGUACAACAUUCUAAAAUCAUUCCAUUAUAAAAUUAAUUCAAAUCAAAUUGAUGGCAACCAUUAGGCUAAAGUUCUGUGAAGAUUGCCAAAGGAGGGAGUCAGGCUGUGCCCUGACCAAAGGCCUGGUGGAACAGCUCUGUCUUGCAGGCCCUGUGGAAUAAAGCAUUGUUUUUACAUUGCCACUCCAGGGGCAAGGCCAGAACAGUUAGUCACACAGAGACACAGCAGGCAGCCUCCUUUCUGAGAAGUGGUCAUUAUGCCACGGUGCUGGAUUGAACAAGUUUACCUGUGCGCCUUAAGGAGGCUGGAAGAGGGAAAGUAUAUAGAGCAGGGCAUCAUGCAGAGAUGCAGCAGAUAGCCAACUUUUGGGAAUUUGGGGGAACUUGAAAAAUAUUAUUUUCUUGAGCUUAUUUAAUAUACGUGUGUGUACAGUCAUACCUUGGAAGUCGAACAGCCUAGUUCUUGAACGUUUUGGCUUCCGAAUGAUCGAAAUCCGGAAGUGUUCUGGUUUUUGAAUGUUCUUUUGGAAGCCAAACAUCCGACGCAGCUUCCGCAGCUUCUGAUUGGCUGCAGGAGCUUCUUACAGCCAAUCGGAAGCCACACUUUGGUUUCCAAACGCUUUGGAAGUCAAACGGACAUCCAGAAUGGAUUCCAUUCGACUUCCGAGGUAUGACUGUAUAGGUAUAGAUAGAUAGGUAGAUUUGCAUAUUUCACAUAAGUAAACAUUUUCUCCUUCCUUUAGAGAUCCAGGAUGAAGUAGUUUAUUAUGACACAUGUGAAAACCCCGAUGAGUUAGAAGCCACUGAGCAAGUCCUGGAAGAAACCCGUGUGCCUUCCUCUGAAAUAGCUCAACUGAGGCAGAAGACCCAGCAGUUGGAGACGAAGCGUGGGAUUAUCUGCUCAAGGAGAGCUUACCUCAGAAACAAAAAGGCAAGUCGUCCAGAAAAUUUCGGGUGCCCUAGUAUUAUUAUUUAUUAAAUUUGCUUAUCACCUUAUACCCGCAGGUCUCACGGCUGUUCAUAGGAUAAAAUCACAGUAUAAAAAACACAACAUACAUAAAAUAAAAAGAAAAAGAACCCAAUAACACCCCCCCCAAAAAAACCCAACACACAUUUUAAAAGGGCAUUGAAUGUCAAGUCAACCAAAGGCCUGGUUGAAAAGGAACUAGCGCCUAAAGGUGUCUAAUGAAGGCACCAGGUGAACUUCCCUGGGGAGAGCAUUCCACAGACGGGGAGCCACUGCAGAGAGGGCCCCGUUCUCAAGUUGCCACCCUCCAGACGUCUCGAGGAGGAGGCACACGAAGAAGGGCCUCAGGGUACAGGUGGGUUCAUAUGGGAAGAGGCGGUCCUUGAGGUAUUGUGGUCCUGAGCUGUUUAAGGCUUUAUAGGUCAAAACCAGCACUUUGAAUUGGGCCUGGAAACUAAUUGGUAGCCAGUGCAGUCGGACCAGGAUCGGUGUAAUAUGCUCAAACCGUCUUGUCCCGGUGAGCAACCUGGCCGCUGAAUUCUGCACUGUUGACAUUGGAGGGAGACACUUGUUCCAAUAAACAUGAUACACACACACACGUUGCGUUUUAAAAUAAAAUGGGGACCUCAGCCAGCAUUUACAGCUGACCGGCAUUCUUCUGCUUGGUUUUUCCAUUAGGAUCAAUGUGAAGAGAGCCGCCACGCCCGGCUGCAGCAGGCUCAAGAGAGCUCACGGCAUUUCCAGCAACAUCACAGCAUCCAGAUUGUGAGUAGCAAGGAACUGGGAGAGAAAUCUGUAAGGCAGGGGUGGGGAGUGUGUGGCCCCGCAAGCAAAUGUUAUUGGGUUCCAAGCCUCAGCCAGCAUGGCCAGUGGUGAGGUGUGAAGUUGAGCAACAUCUGGAGGGCCAGAGGCGCCUUGCUCUUCCUUUAUGGAAUUACAGUCGUACCCUGGAUCCCAAACACCCUGGGAGUCAAUCGUUUUGGCUCCCGGAAGUGCGUGUUCCGGUUUGUGAACGUUCUUCAGAACCCAAACGUCCAAUGGGGUUCCGCGGCUUCUGAUUGGCUGUAGGAGCUUCCUUCAGCCAAUCAGAAGCCGCGCUUUGGUUUCCGAACUUUUUGGAAGUGGAACAGACUUCCAGAACGGAUUCUGUUCGACUUCAAAGGUACUCCGGCUGAGCUGUAGUUAGUGCUGCAUCAUGCAGCGAUUCACAGGAACACAGGGAAAGAAAGUAACAGUCUAUGUCCUGGGAACUCUUGCCUUUAUACCAGGUUUCUAGGCCUUGUGGUUGGGAAGGUACGCUUGGAAGCGGAAUGGGCGGUGCUUGCUGGUAACCAGGGAGACGCUAUUGGGGGUUGAACUAGAUGACCCUUGGUGUCCCUUCCAACUCUAUGAUUCUGAGUCCUGUGUACAUAUCCCUCUGCCCUCGCUGCCCUGAGGAUUGCGAAACCAGAAUAAAGCAUGCAAAAUAGUUUGCUCAACUUGCGUGAUCUAUUCGUGACUCAGGAUCCUACUUUUGGGGGCUGUAGGAUUUGGAUUCCCUGUGCAUAUAACUUUUCUGCACCAUCUAGGGACGUGGGUGGUGCUGUGGUGUAAACCACUGAGCCUCUUGGGCUUGCUGGUCAGAAGGUCGGCAGUUCAAAUCCCCACGACGGGGUGAGCUCCCAUUGCUCUGCCCCAGCUCCUGCCAACCUAGCAGUUCGAAAGCACAUCAAAGUAGAUAAACAGGUACCGCUGUAGCGGGAAGCUAAAUGGCAUUUCUGUGUGCUCUGGUUUCCAUCACGGUGUUCCGUUGCGCCAGAAUUGGUUUAGUCAUGCUGGCCACAUGACCUAGAAAGCUGUCUCUGGACAAACACGGGCUCCCUUGGACUGAAAGCAAGAUGGGCUCCGCUACCCCAUAGUCACCUUUGACUGGACUCAACUGUCCAGGGGUCCUUUACCUUUUUUUGGGUUUUUUUACUGCACCAUCUUCUGUAUAUUUACCCCAGUCAUUGUAGCAGAUCUCUAUACAGUGGUACCUCGGGUUACAUACGCUUCAGUUUACAGACGCUUCAGGUUACAGGCUCCGCUAACCCAGAAAUAGUACCUGUGGUUAAGAACUUUGCUUCAGGAUGAGAACAGAACUCGGGCUCCAGCGGCGCGGCGGCAGCAGGAGGCCCCAUUAGCUAAGGUGGUGCUUCAGGUUAAGAACAGUUUCAGGCUAAGAACGGACCUCCGGAACGAAUUAAGUACUUAACCCGAGGUACCACUGUAUGCGGGUGUUAACUUUUUUCCGGUGUCCAAAUGCAGAAAAGAGACAAAAGGAAAGAGGACGAGAAGAAGAAGAAAGCGUGGAUAAAGCAGGAGCGAGAGAAAACCCUGGAGAGGCUCAAGACGUUCAAAGAGGUGAGUCUCAAGUCGAGCUCUCAGCGAUCCUUCUGCCAGUGGAAAAUCUUCCUUCUGGAGAAAAGACAAAUCGAAGGUGGUGUGCUUGUUUCCUCGUUCCCCUGCAACUGGCCAGCGGCAGCAGGAAACAACAAAAACAAGUUCUGUUUUAGAAAUUGUUAUAAUAAAUUGGUUUGGCAUGGGUUGUUGUUGUUUCUUAAACAUAGGCUUAUGUGGUGUAGGACCCACCCUCUUGCUUUGAAGUGAUUUUGAUAUUGUAUUUUUAAAUGGCUCGAUAACUCACCUUGGACGCUGCGACGAAGGCUGGGUAAGAAAUCACGACCGCAGUUACAAUCAUAAUACCUUCUUUCUGAAGUAGCAGAGGAAAGCACAUUGAAGUGCACUGAUUAAAAUGAUAUGUUUAUUGUAUUCAUAGCCUGCCUUUCCUCCAGGGUGUGGCUCUCCCCCUACCCAUUUUAAUCUCAAAACAACUUCAGUCAGUAGAGCAGGAGACUUAAUCUCAAGGCCGAGGGUUCGAGCCCCAUGUUGGGCAAAAGAUUCCUGCAUUGCAGAGGGUUGGACUGGAUGAGUCUACAAACAAUCCUGUGACAUAAAGGCUGGCAACUGUCCCAAAGCCAGCCGGUUAAGGAUCAUGCUUGAGUGGGCAUAUACCGUAUUUUUCGCUCUAUAAGACUCACUUUUUCCCUCCUAAAAAGUAAGGGGAAAUGUGUGUGCGUCUUAUGGAGCGAAUGCAGGCUGUGCAGCUAUCCCAGAAGCCAGAACAGCAAGAGGGAUCUUCUUUCGCUGCACAGCGAUCCCUCUUGCUGUUCUGACUUCGCUUUGCUGGAGAGGCACUGCACAGCUUUCCCUCUCUGCGCAGUGCCCCUUCAGUGAAGCGGGAGGAGAAACACAGCCCCUCUCAUUUCUCCUCCCACUUUGCUGGAGAGGGGCUGCGCAGAGAGGGAGAGAAUAUUUUUUUCCUUGUUCUCCUCUAAAAUUAGCAGUGGGAGCGCUGCCGCUGUGCUCAGGAGGCUUCGCGUUGCUUUCGCUGAAGCCAGGAGAGCAAGAGGGAUCGGUGUGCAUCGAUCCCUCUUGCUGUUCUGGCUUCGCUUCGCUGGAGAGGCGCCAGGCAGCUUUCCCUCUCUGCGCAGCGCCCCUUCAGCGAAGCGGGAGGAGAAACGGAAGGGGCCCCGUCCGUUUCUCCUCCCGCUUGGCUGGAGAGGCGCUGAGCAGAGAGGGAGAGAAUAUUUAUUUUCUUGUUCUCCUCUAAAACUAGGUGUGUCUUAUAGAGCAAAAAAUACGGUAACCCCUGGUUUCCCAGGUCCUAGUCCGACACUCCAACCACCCACUAGCUCUCUUUCCACCAUCGUUGCUCUUUGGCAGUUGAAUUGCACCUUUCUGAAACCUGACAGCUCUGUCGUCGUUCCCCUUGCAGAAAUGCCCAGCGCAGUUUGUGCUGAAGACUUCCCGGUCGCAGCCAUUGAACGCCAAGCAGCCCCAGGGCACCUCCCGUCGGACUCCAGCCGGUGCCCCUCAGACGUUCUCUGCGAGCAAGACGCCCUCUGCCAAGACCUCCCGGCCAGCGCAACCCAAAGGCUUCAAAUCGCUGCGGCAGAAGCCCUCGAAGGAUAUCCCUGUCCAGAUUUUUGCCCCUCCGCCACCCGGCCCUGAGCAGCAAGGGAAGAGCAACGGGGAGCCGCCACUGUUGCCUCCCCCGCCGCCUCCCCCGCCACCACCGCCACUUCCCCCACCAUCAAACAACCAGCCUCUCUGCUUAAGGACAGGAGCGCAAAUCGGUGAGAAGCCUCUGCCCCUCUUGUGCAAAGACCCUUCUGGGAGAAGUGGCUCUUCAGAGAAAGCAGACGAGACGUCCCGGCGCACGGCAAACGAUUAUGCAGGUAGGGAGGGCUGUUAUUUCCUUUUUCUGUGCAUUGCUGAUGCGUGCUGCACCACACCAUCAUGCCGGCUGACUCUGUAGGGAUGCCAAACUUUGUAGCUUCCCAGAGCGGCCUCUGGCUCACCAAUGUUCCUGGCUAAUCGAGGGACCUUUGAUCUGAUCCAGGAAGGCACUUCUUAAUAUUGCAGACUGGAGCCAUCCUGAUUGGCUUCCUGCAGGCUUCUGGUUGCCCCUUGUGGGAGGAGGAUGCUGAACUAUAUAGGCCAUGGGAUGCGGGUGGCGCUGUGGGUUAAACCACAGAGCCUAGGACUUGCCGAUCAGAAGGUCGGCGGUUCGAAUCCCCAUGACUGGGUGAGCUCCCGUUGCUUGGUCCCUGCUCCUGCCAACCUAGCAGUUCAGAAGCAUGUCAAAGUGCAAGUAGAUAAAUAGAUAAAUAGGUACCACUCUGGCGGGAAGUGUUUCUGUGCGCUGCUCUGGUUCACCAGAAGCGGCUUAGUCAUGCCGGCCACAUGACCCGGAAGCUGUACGCCGGCUCCCUCGGCCAGUAAAGCGAGAUGAGCGCCACAACCCCAGAGUCAUCCGCAACUGGACCUAAUGGUCAGGGGUCCCUUUACCUUUACCUUUACCUAGGCAAACUAAGGCCCGGGGGCUGGAUCUGGCCCAAUCGCCUUCUAAAUCCAGCCCGCGGAUGGUCCAGGAAUCUGCGUGUUUUUACAUGAGUAGAAUGUGUGCUUUUAUUUAAAAUGCAUCUCAGGGUUAUUUGUGGGGCAUAGGAAUUCAUCCCCCCCCCCAAAAAAUAUAGUCCGGUCCCCCACAAGGUCUGAGGGACAGUGGACCGGCCCCCUGCUGAAAAAGUUUGCUGACCCCUGAUAUAGGCUUUCGUUCUGACCCAGAGGGCCUUUCCUUGCCUUCUUAAUCAAGCAACAGACAUUUCCUCAUUUAGAAACUUCACUGCCACUGUGAAAUUCAAAAGUAACUCUUCCCCCCCCCCCCACUCCCUCCUGGCAUAGCGCAGGGACCAGCCCUCAAACAUGUGAAUUGUAAUCAGAUGGAAAAAGCAGGCAGUCCGCAGCUAAAUUUGUAGGUGGCACAUAUGGCCACUUAACAAACGAUGUGCUUUUUAAACAUGUCGAUAGUUAUUGCUAAGUUAACUCAGGUUCCUUCCCCCCACCCCACCCUCUUGUUUUUGUUAAUGAUUUUUCUGCUUCUCUUGCUUGGUUGCGGUGGUUUUUAAUUAAACGUGAAAAACUUAGAUCUUAAAGGUAGCUUUGUGGUGUGGGGGGGGGCGCAUGGGAACAGAAGCCUGCAGAAAAGGAACUUUGUGGGUGGGCGAGGGUGGGCUUCUCCUUUUGGAGAUGGAGCCAUAGGUUCAGUGGGAGGUUGCCUGCUUUGUACAGGGAAGAUUUUUACAGGACCUCUGGAACGAAUUAAGUACUUAACCCGAGGUACCACUGUAUACCCUUUUUGCGUGUAACACUGGUUUGUCUCCAGUGCUGGUCCUGCUUGGAGGAGAUCCAUUAAAUCAUGGGUAGGCAAACUAAGGCCUGGGGGCCGGAUCUAGCCCAAUCGCCUUCUCAAUCUGGCCCGUAGACAGUCCAGGAAUCAGCGUGUUUUUACCUGAGUAGAAUGUGUGCUUUUAUUUAAAAUGCAUCUCUGGGUUAUUUGGGGGGCAUAGGAAUUCAUUCAUAUAUUAUUAUUAUUAUUAUUAUUAUUAUUAUUAUUAUUAUUUUCAAAAUAUAGUCCGGCCCCCCACAAGGUCUGAUUGACAGUGGACCGGCCCCCUGCUGGAAAAGUUUGCUGACCCCUGCAUUAAAUGAACGUGAUUAACUUCUGUCUAUUAUCUCCAAUGGGCCUCCUCUGAGGAGGACUUCAUGAGAUGUACCCACUUAGCCAAACCGUGACUUAGUGCAUGCAGGUUUCCAAACUGGAGAGAGUUUGCAACCCGAGGUUCCACUGUACCAGUGUCCAGUUUUCCAUUCUCGGCAAAAGUAGCUGCGGAGUUCCUGGAGUGUCUGGAGAAACCAGAUUCAUUGCCUUCCUCUCCCCUGUUCUCUUUCUCCCCUGCCCCCGAAUCCUUGCAGCUGAGGGUCUUUUUUUUAUUAGUUUUCAGUUCCAAUGAUAGCCUCAUUAUAAACAAUGCCAAAUUAUAAUGCAAUUACUAAUACCAAUCAUUCAGAUACCAAAUUAUAUAAUUAAGGUGCCCCCCCCCAACAUGCUAGACUUGAUGGUUUACUUUAUUUCUGCGUUCCGAAAUCUUACAAAUUUCAAUUACACUCCGGUCAAAAUAACAAUCCCUUAUAUAACAACUGCAGUAUUAACAACUUCCAUUCAUAUCGACACAUUAAAUGGUUUAUAAAGCUACAGGUGAGGCACUCAGAUUAUAUCCUUGUUCUUUCUGUGUGUGGCAAUUAUUCUGUCCGAGAUGUUUCUUCCUGUCCUUGUAAAGUGUUGUCUAUCUUUUCCUGGUUGUUGCUGUUCUCCAUCAUGCCUUGGUUGGAGGUAAUAUUGCCUUGUUGUUUCAGAAAUCCUCCGUUGCUCCGUCCCGUGCAUCAUUGUUUUGCAACUUUAACAGCAGCUGCAAAAAUCACACUGUCCCAGUAAAUAACCUGUUUUCGCCAUUUCCCCUCUCAGCCCGGGAAGGAGAGUGAUCUGUUGAACAGUGGCUGAGGGUCUUAAUUUUGUUUUCCCUCCUGCCACAGGAUCCAUGGAUGAGGUUUUGGCAUCGCUGAAGCGUGGCGAAAUCCUUCUCCGCAAAGUGGAACCGCCCCGCCAGGCGCCAUCUUCCAACAACUCCCUCAACGACAGCAUCCUCGCGGCCAUACGGCAGGGAGUUAAGCUGAGGAAAGUGACCCAGGAGCCCAAGCUGGACACGGAGAAAGGGCACUCCAGCAGCGAACUGGAGAGGAGCAUCAAGGCAGCCAUGCAAAGGAUCAAGAAAGUGUCUGCCGAUUCGGAAGACGACGAAAACGACCACAACAGCGGCGAAUGGAAUAGUUAACGGGAGCGGGCUUUCGAACUGCGUUCUGGGGUUUCCCCGGAAGGUUACAAAGGGUUCCCCUUAGAGAAGAAGGUAACUACUGGCGAACAAGCUCAGUUCACGCAGUGCAGCAAUGAGGUCCACUUGAUCUGGUCUGGGUCCUGCAUUAACACCCUGGAACUUGUCCCAGAAUCCCUUGCAAGCACAAUGGAGUUCUGGGCCAGAUAAGUUCAUGUAGAAAUAUGUCAGUGUGUCCCACACGCCCCCUGGACUUAGGAAGUUUGAAAAACCAUCAUGUUUGACUCUAUUCAGGUCAGCCACUUUACUGACAUGCGACAUUAUGCUUUUAUUGAAUUUUGCACAUUUUAAAGGAAAUGUAUUGGCCUCUUUUUAGGAAACGGAGGACUCUGUGUUUCCGGUGAUUUGCCUACCAAAAAUAACGCUUCAGAACUGUUUGUCUGUUUGUUUGUUUUUGAAGAAAAGCUGCCCCCUUGUUUUUGUUCCCAAGUCAUUUUUGUUGUUGUUGUACUGAAAUCAGCAAAACUUUUAUCAAACCCAUUUCUGUACGUUUGCCAGAAACCAUCCAGUUAGACAAUCCAAUUCUCAGAAUAAUAAUAAUAAUAAUCAGGUUUGCAGCAGUGAAAUAGACAGACUGAGGAUUGGCUGCGUUUGUGAAGAGCCAAUAAGGGCUCCCGUUAAAAUUCUGAUAGUGUAGAAUAAUAAUUUUAUGUGUGUGAAAAUCACAACAGUUUCUUUGACUUAAUACUCAAACCAAUAUUUUAUGUGGGUGUCACCGUUGUUUCCUAAAAAGGGUAUUCCAUGCAGUAUUUAGUAGAACCUAACUUGGACAAAACGCUGCUAAUGUUUGUGAAGUUUUAUGCAAAGGUUCCUUUUUAAUAGUGCCAUCAUCAGUUAACCGGGAGAGAAGUACCCAUCAGUUUGGUGCGUUUUAUUGGAACCGUGCAUGCUGCCUUAUACACUCCCGGUAUAGCUCAGUUGGUAGAGCAGGAGACCCUUUAAAUCACAGGGUUGUAGGUUCUAGCCCCACGUUGGGCAAAAGAUUCCUGCAUUGCAGGGGGUUGGACUAGAUGACCCUCGUGGGUCCCUUCCAACUGUACUAUUCAGAAUCAAGCCAUUGGCCCCUCUAACUCCGUAUUGUCUACACUGACUGGUAGCAUCUGCCUAGGAAUCCAGAUAGCAGUGUUUCCCAGUCUACCCUGGAGAUGUUGAGAACCUAACCUGCAUGCUCAGAGAAGGAAGGGCUGGGUAGAUAACAUUUCUGCUCCCCCAAUACUAUCAACUUUGGGGUUUCAGUUUAAGGACAGCCUUCCAGGGAACUAUAGUGAGCCUAGGUCAGGCAUGGCCAAACUCGACCCUCCCGAUGUUUUUGGGACUACAACUCCCAUCAUCCCUAGCUAACAGGACCAGUGGUCAGGGAUGAUGGGAGUUGUAGUCCCAAAACAUUGGGAGGGCCGAGUUUGCCUAUGCCUGGCUUAGGCCUCCUCUGUUGUCACGGCAACUUUGUGACGUAGGAGGCAAAGAUGCUGCGCCUGUGGAAGGAGAUGAAAUCUGGACCACAAUGUACUUGAGGUUGCUACCAAACUCAGGGACCUUGCACUAGGGGGAGUUAAUCAUGCAUCACUGAAGGUUCCUUACCUAUUUUUGCAUUUGGUUUUGGUUCCAGUGCUGCUCCUACAGGAGAGGGUGAGGCUUUGCGCCGCAAACCGUGAGGACAACCAGGCACCCAUUUGUGUCAUGUGUUUUAUUGCACUUUUCAGUUACAAGUGUUAUUUCGGUUACCGUCAUAAUGUCAUACCAAAAUGGGUUAAGAUGACAAAUAACUUGCCCACAGCCAUUGUUUUCAGUGCUGGGCAGAGAUCUGAACUGGAGAUUUCCAAAUUAACUUCAGCUUAUAACGAAGUGGGCUUUGUAUAACUACAUAAAAAGCAUGUUGCCAUAUUUCACACUUCUGUACUAAGCAGCAAAGAUCUCCAACAAAGUAUUCUGACCAUAUCUAGUGUGCCAAGCGAGGGAGAAAUCUGAUUGAUUUUGCUAUUAAAAAAAACAAACAGCCCCCCCCCUCCACAUAUUCUUCAUUUUUCUGAAAUGUUCCAAACUCUCCACACCCAGGUUUUUCUCUUGUAUCUCGGCAGUUUCCCAUCUGCUUGCAAUUUUCCAUUUUAGUGGUCACCAGAAGGCUUAAAACAUAUCGGGUAGAAGUCAACUAAGCUUUGCUCAGUGUAGACCCAAUGAAAUUAAGAGACCUGACUCAUUUCAGUGGGUCCUGGCAGAAUAAAACUUAGUUGAAUACCACCCUUUCUAAUCAACAAUGUUUUUAAUGUAAUCUAACCCACUUGUUAAAAUAUGCCAAGAUUUAAGCUGUAUUUUGUUAAUAUCCUGGAUUGUUUUUACCACUAUAUCUUAUAAUGUGUAAGUCAUCAGCAUCUUCUCUUCUGCAUUUCCAUCAUCUUAUCACAGGUUAGGGAUAAAUGGGAGUCCUGCUCCAAAAAAACAUUUGGAGGGCUGCAGGUUCUCCAUCCUUGGCAUAGCUAGUGACAGAUGAAGAAUAGGGAACCUGCAGCUCUCCAGAUGUUAUUGGACUAGAACUCCCAUUUUCCCCAGUAUAGCAUGGCCAGUGCCCAGGGACGAGGGGAGUUCCAACAUCUGCAGGGCUAUCGCUCCCAUCCCUGACCCUUGGCCAUGCUGGCUGAGAUGGACAGGAUUUGUGAGUCCCCCGGACAGCUGUAGGGCCGCAGGUUCCCUACCUCUACAGUAUGUAAUGCAUCCUUUUCAAGGAUCUUAAAUGGCCUCAUAAUGAGUGUGUGUGUGAUUAAGUAAUAUUGGCCAUUGAACCUGAAAGGGAGGGGGGAUAUUCUUCCAUUUCUUUUCAGAAGGCAAGGUAAACAUUUCUCCCAUUCAAGAGCAUAAUGCUGAAUAACCCGCCUAACAUGGUAUUUAGGUGAGCACUUUAUAUUUUAAAAAAUCCCAAACGUGGCUGCAUCCCUAUUCAUUUGAUGUUUUGUCUUACAUGCUCCUUAAUAAAGUGUGCUUUCGGAGGAUGCUGGGGAAACCUUGGUCUCUGCCUCCUUUCUUGCCAGACUCAGUUGGGUCUUGCUUCAAGGCUGCUGCCAAGCGAGAGUUGGAGGAAGGAGGAAUCUGCCUUUUGCUUCUCGGCCAGAGACGACCAAACACCUUCCCAGAACAGAGACGAG